AUGGGGGAGCGCGAAGCGAGCGAGAAAAUCGAAGGCGCGCAGGGGCCCCGAACAGGCACAGAAAAGCUAGCGUCGUCCCUGGGUCUCCUUAACGGAGGCUCGGGAUCGCGAGCUGUCGUCGCCGACAAUUCCCAGACGAGCACGAACAGAGGCACUGCGCAGUUCUGGAACAUGCCCGCUGCCCAACGAGACGUCGCUAUGGCUCCUCCGGUGCCCGAUGGGCUCACGACCAAAGACCGCGUGAUGGACUGGUGGACUCGAAGAGCGGAAGAUAGAGAUUUCAAUGCUCGCGUGCGAGCCGACCGAGGAGGGACUUUGGAUGGAGGCGAGAGCAGGAAAGGCAGCACUAUCGGCGCCGCGUCCCAGUUUCGACCACCCCAGCUGGGCCUCAACUUCGACAGCUCCGGAAGCCUGGAUCCCUUUUCCGACAAUAAUGCCUCGUCUUACAACGCGACAUACGCAACGCAACUUGCCCAAGUCAGCCCGCUCAACCCUUUUGCUGACACCGGCAAGAGAACUUUCUCCACGGAUCAACCUUCCGCGAUUCCUCCACGAGCUCAUGGGCGGUCUCAGAGCACAUCAGUGCGGGACACGUACUAUCCGCCUCGUUCAAUGGCUUUCCGCCCGGACUCGGCCUUCCGCGAAUCGCUUCAGAGCGUCACCCCCUUCGCUGAUCGGCGACACAAAGGCCGUUCUGACCCAUUCGACCUCGAAAUCGAGAGCCGGCUGGUACCAAGCGCCGACGACGUCGCUCAGAUGCCACGCCUUACCAGAAUGAGCUCGAACUACAGCUCACACACACGCGGCACCAGUCUUCCGUAUUCGCAGUACUCGAGCGGCGUCAGCCUGAGCGACUGGAGUAUAAUGGGGGCCGAUGUGAGGCUGUCGACAGGACCGACGAUGGGAGAACAAGGUCGGCCGGGCGAGUUGGCGAGGUGGUCGAGUGACAAAGGUCGUGCACAGGGCGGCAGGGGUGUUGAGCAGGCCAUGUAG